AUGGGAAGACCAAAAAAUUCGAAGAAUAAAGUCAAAACUAAGACUUCAUCGUGGUCUUCCAAAAAGCCUGAUAAGCAACAAUUAAAGGCAAAACCAAGUGAUAAGGGGCUUGAAAAUUAUAGUGGUGAUAAUAAUGAACAAUAUAAUGUAUUUCCUGAGAGCUUUAGGUCAAAUAAUGGGACACAUGGAGUUGUAGUAAAGAAGAGAAAGGUUGCCCCAAGAUCGGGUUUACAGUUCAAAGUUGGACCGUCUUUUGAGAACACGACAUUAUAUAGACCGAUAUUUAUAACUUCCACUAACGAAAAUGUUUUCCCCUUUGUUAACGCCAGAAUCGAUAGAGGGUUUGAGAAUCAUGGUGGGGAGUGGAUUGGGUAUAAACGCAAUUAUUUCACAUUAGUUAGCUGCUUUGAAUUUGACGGGGUUAGCCCUGAAACAUUUUUCACUGAGAAGUUUCAUAUCUUGAAUGAUGUUGGUGAACUUGAAAAUAUCAGUUGUUUUGCGCUAAGAUUGGUAUCCAGAUGUUCAGAGGAUGAAUCCGUUGUGAAUCUCAUUCAACACACAGCUAAGCGAGAUAGAGGUCCACAGUACCUGCCGCCAGUUUUCCCAGCCAUUUCAGGAUAUCUACCAUCUCAUUCAAUUAUCAAACAAGCAUCUAAUAUUCGUAAUGGAGACAAAAUUGAUCAAUACAACCGAAUGUUCUACCUUGACACCGCUACUUUACAAAAGUGCAUGGAUGCAUCAAUUCUAAGUACAUACCCAGAGGGAAGAAUAGCCACGGUUGCAAGAUAUGAACGUAUUCAAUUCUCCACAUCAAUAAACUAUCGGAAAUCGACCAUGGUUAAUAGACACUUCAUUUUAAAAGUCGAAUUAUUGGGGCUACUAGACGACGGUAAAUAUGCAGUUUUAGCCAGUACGGAGACUCAACCGCUAGUAGUUAGAGGUCGUUCUCCGUCAAAUUACCAAAUGGCAAGAAGAAACUUAAAGGCAUUAAAUUUCAACAAUCAAAAAGAGCAAGCUAGUGGUUCAGGUUCAAGCUCAUCAUCCAAUGCAGACGAAUUCCAACUAGACGACAAAUCCAAAAAUAAAUAUAAUAAAGAAAUACCACUGAUCAAAACCAAAUACAACCUUUUGGACUUGCAAAAACCGGCUAAAAGAGGAAGAAAGAAAAAAGAGAAACUCAAAACAGAUAAUGUUGAAAAACUACAUGCAUUAAGAACAUAUCAAAACCAAGGCAUAAAAAGAGAAUUAUAUAACUUAGAAGACGAAUUUAUCGAUGAUGAUCUAUUUCCUCCAAUAAUUCAGGCUAAACAGGAAACAUUUGACUCAAUGUUUGAUCUGUUCCCAUACCAGACCGAAUUCAAUUUAAACCUUGAAUCACCCUUAACGCCUAAGAAGCACAAAAAAUCAAAAUCUAAGAAAUCAAAAUCUCACGAGAAGGGAAUUGAAGAGUAUCGAAUAGGAAUACCUACUUCCGCAUGCAGAUCCCAAGGUACAGACAACUCAAGCUUCAAUCAAGUAGAGGAAGAUAGUUUUGUUGAGUUCCAAAAGGAACUAUCUCUUCUUCAAAAAGAAUUAAAAGGUGAUUAUUCCAAUGAUCAUACAUUGUUAGGUCUCGUAACAUAA